AUGAGCACCUGGCACAUUCUUCAAUGCAAACCGCCCGGCUUCGUAGGAGGAUCUUUCCAUUGGGCCGCGGGCGGUCCACUCGAUGUCAACACUUGGAAGAUGAGGAACUCUAGAGGGGUUGGAGGGGCUUCAGGACUGGAGUCCUGGGAGGAUUUCAGUCCUGAAGCCCAGGAAGGCAGAACGAUGGACAAGACCUAG